AUGGGAAAAGGAAAAACUUCCGAAAGGGAAAUUGGAAGCUUCAGGCCGAGGAAAAUUGGAAGCUUCAGGCAGAGCAAAAAGGGAGCAACUGAGGAGGAAUCUCGGGCAGAAAAUGGGGCGGAGGAAUUGCUGAUUGCCGCUGCCAGGAAAGCGCCACUACCACACCGCCAAUCCAUCAUUGCCGCCUUCGGAAUUUCACCGAGAGAAAAUAUCCAGUACUCAGUAGAAACAUAUGUUAAGCUAGAGACAUCAUGCUUGGAAUUUCACAGAAACAGGCAGCAACACUUGAGAACUGAAAUUUAUCAAGGAUUGAUGGAUAGUAUGACAAAUAGUGAGACUUUGGGAUCAAACAUUGGAAAGCGAAUUAUUUUUCCCGUAUAUAAAAGGUCCCAGAGACUGUGUCGAAGAUAUAUGGAUGCCAUGUCAUUUGUUCAACGAAGGCACAAUGAUGGAAGAAAUGUUGUUAUCAGAAAUCAUGAACUUAAUAAUCUGUUGGUUAUCCCAUAUAAUGCAUAUCUGCUUGCAAACUUUGACUGCCGCAUCAAUGUCAAGAUAUGCUCUGCUAUUGAAGUAAUGAAAUAUAUUUACAAAUGGAUAUGUGCUCUUGAAGCUAUGUGGAGGAUAUUUGCAUUUGAUUUAACUAACAUUCAUCCAUCAGUAAUGACAAUGCACUUACAUUUGGAAAAUUAUCAGUCUAUAUCAUUUACUGAAAAUCAGGCAUUACAGGAUGUUCUUGCCAAUGAGAGAAAUUCAAGGACAAUGUUAAUAGAAUUUUUCUCUAUGAAUCGAACAAAUAAAAGAGCACAGGAUCUCAAUUGUGCCAGAAUAUGGAUUGAAAGAAAACGUGGAGAGGUCAUUAGCCAUGUUAACACAGCACACCCCAUUGAAGGAGAAAGAUACUACCUAAGAAUGUUACUUAUGCAUGUAAGAAAACCAACCUCUUUUGAUGACUUAAAAUCUGCUGAUGCUCACCUAGAAUCCUCAUACAAAGAAGCAGCAAAACUUCGUGGAUUACUCCAAGCAGACAAUGGUUUUGAUGAAUGUUUAUCUAAUGUACUUGUGUACAACAUGCCAAUUUCCCUGAGACAACUUUUUGCUGUCUUACUGGUACACUAUCCACCAACAAAUCCAAGAACCAUUUGGUUGAAAUUUGAGAAUUAUCUAUCAGAAGACAUCAAAAAGAAUUUGGCAUUAUCACAGCAACAAGUGCAAAUUCAAGUUCUCAGACUCAUUGACCAACAUAUCCAAAUCAUGGAAAAAGAUAUAAGUGACUACAAGCUCACAGACAUUCCUUAUCAUCUGUUGUGCUCAGAUAACUCUGCCAAAGAAAUUGAAGCUGAGUACCAAAUACCUAUUUCUGACAAAGAUUUGGUUUCGAUUUCAAUGUUGAAUAGAGUACACAAAUUUGCAUUUGACAAAAUAAUGGAAAAGGUCAAUGCAAAUGUUCCUGUUGCCUUCUUCAUUGAUGGUCCUAGUGGAACUGGAAAUCAUUUUUUAUAA